ACCAGCUCCAGCACACCCUCGGAAACACCCAGCUCUGGCUCCUUUCCUGACCCCUCCUCCAGCCGCGAGGCCCCGGGGAUGGACUGGCUGCAAGGGCUGGAACGGGGUUGCCAGCCAGGCCCGGAGGAAGCUACACUUUGGAUGGAAUUGUGCUGGGAAAUUGGAGAUUGCUCUGAGCCCAGCCCCAGGCCCCCUGGGAAAGGCCAGCGGCUGCAGGCUCCCCGCCACGGCCCUGGACACCAGAGAAGCAGUGGCAAGACCCGAGGGAGGGAGUCGAGCCUGGAGUUUGCUGAGGAGCCUGCCCCUUGGCUCCCGUGCGCAGGGCCUGGUGCUGAGCUCGCUCCUGGGACCUCCGGAGGCUGCCUUGGGCUGGAGGGAGCAGGCGAGGACCCCAAGAGGGACUGGGGAGCUGCACUUCUACUCAUGGAGACACCAGCAGCGACAUGGAUUGGGCAGACGUGUCCCUGCCCCGUACAGCCAGGCUGGCUCCCCAUGUGUCAUGGACGGGCCCAGGGCUGCCUGGUGCCCGCCUGCCUUGUUCUCAGGCCAUGCCAUGAUGCUCGUGAAUAGCCAAGCCCCAGUGCACUGGAGAGCUGCGUGCCAACCACUGUCUCCCUGCCCUGGCUUUCCCCGGGCACGCCCUGGAUACUGCCCCUGACUCCCAGCUGUGCCCCCAUCCCUGCCUUGGGGAGAUCCCACCCGUCAGCACAGGGCGUGCCGUGGGCACCACUGUCCUCCCCGGUGCCUGCAGAUCUUUCCCACCCUCCCUGCUGCCUGCAGCCAGACUCUGCUCUGCGUGUGGCCCCAGGGCCUGCUCUGCACAGCUGGGUAGCCGGAGACAGAGCCCUGUGGCAGAGCCAGCCAGGUGCCCCGGCCAUGCUGCAUGAGACUUCCAGCACCUCUCGGCUGGAACCUGCUGCUGCGGAGGAAGCUGGGUCCCCCUCUCACCCCAAUGCCCCUUCCCAAGGACAGCACUGCCUAGAAGCAGGAGGCCCGCUGGGUUGGCAGGGAGGGGCUCUGUCCCUGGUGUGUUUCCCAGGCCCCUGUCCAUGCAGCCCCCUCGCUCUGUCUGACUCGUGGGCCCAGCUGCACCCAGAUCUCUCUUGUUUGCUGUGGAUUCACCUUUCUAAAUAAAGGGUGGCUGGUACGA